AAAAAAAUCUUGUUCGUCGACUCCUCAAAAACCCCAGCGUGUAGCGGUUGUGAGAGAAGGAGAGCUCGUUUCCAUCACGAUAAAACCUUAUCUUUCUCCAUUCUUCUAUCUUCUCUUCCGGAGCUCUCUCCAUUUCUCAGCCGCUCCCCACAAUUUCCUCUAAACACACACAUACACGACUAUUUUUCCAUUCAAAUUCCUUCACUUCGUUUUCCAUUUUCCUUUUCUUUACCCCACCCACUCACCCACCUCUCGUCGAUGGACUCCAUGGACUUGGCCCAACAACCGUCGCAACAGAAUUCAGUCUCCUCAGGUUCUUCUUCCACUUCCUCCUCCUCUUUUACGUCUUCUACCGUUGAUUCCCAUGUCGAUACUCCCUCUCUCGAUGAACCUGAGAUGGGGGUUGCUGAAAUUAAAACUAGUGUAGUUGCCGAUGGGGGUGGUAGUGAUGGUGCUGGUUCCGAAACUGAAGGGUUUUUGAGUGGGGAGGAGGAAUUUGAGUCUGCUUCAGAUAGACCAAUUGUGGGUUAUCCAGAGGAAGAGUCCCUCGGGAAGUCCGCCCAAGGGGCUGAUACUGGUACUUCUUUUGUGGGUUAUUCUCAACUUUCUGCUCCGGUUAGUGUUAGGCCAAUUGCGAAGGUUUCUGUUGAUAGUGACGUUGAGGAGGAGGAUGAGGAGGAGGAGGAGGAGGAGGAUGACCUUCAGGUGGAUGAGAACUUGAGGGGAAAGGAGGAAAUUGAGGAUAAAGUGGGUGGAGAAGAUGUUUUUGUUGAGAGUAAGAAGGGGAAGGAAGUUGAGGUUCCAGUGGAAAAGGAGGAGACUAUUGUUGUAUCUGAUGGAAACAAGAAUUUGGAUGAUGUGGUGAAUGAUGAUGAUGAUGCCAGUCAAGUGCAGGAAAGAACAAUUGAGUUGUCGGGGAACUCAAAAGAGGGCAAUGUGCCUGAAAGCUUAGUAGCUGAAGAUGUUGGCUCUGUGCCCGAGGAAUCUGUUGAUGGUGGGAAGCAGGUGUCAGAAGGGGAUGAAUUGAAUGAUGUGACAGUUAAACAGUCACAAAAUGAGGCUUCAGAUGGAAAAAAAGAAGCAGAGUUGGAUAAAGAAACUCUGGCGUCUGGGAAGCAGGCUGGUAAAGGGAUUGACUUGAGUGAGAAGGUGGUUGCUGAGGAUGUAGAGCAAUUGAAAGAACAGGAAACACCUGGUUCUUCUUCUGACGAGAAAGCUGUUUUGGGAGACCAAGCAAGCUCUAAGCUUGUGAAACUAGCAGAUGAAAAACAAGAAGAGGAGACCUCUGCGGCUGAGAAGCAGGUAGAUGUGGAGGUCAAAUUGAAUGACACGGUGGCUGCUGCUGAAGAUGGAGAGCAGUUAAAAAAUUUAGAAACUGAUUCUCCUGUUGACGACAAAAUUGUUCUAGCUGAUGACGAAAACUCUAAGGUUUUAGAACCAGCAGAUGGAGGACAAGAAGCAGAAAUGGAUGAAGGAAGCCCCGUGGCUGAAAUGCAAGCAGAUGGGGAAAUUAGAUUGAAGGGCAAGGUGGAUGCUGAAGAUGGAGAAUUGUUAAUCAAAUUGGAACCUGUUUCUUUUGCUAACAACAAAGCGGAUGAAUUUACUGCUUCAGCUUUAGAUGACAAAACCUUGCAUGAAAGUUCACAGGUAUCAGCAACAGAUGUUGUAGGUAAUCCAGAGGAAAUAAAGGACUUGGAAAAUAAGGAAACUGCAGAUUUGGCGCAUGGGGCUACCAAAUUGGACAAUGGGUUUGAUAAUGUUGGGCAUGAGGUGAAUGAAGAAACAGAAACUGUGACUCUUGCUGAUUCUCCAAGUAAGGCAGGGAAUGAAAAAGACUCUAAAGAUGAUUCUAAAAUAAGAGAGGAUGUGCCUGGUGAUGUUGAACCUGAACCGUCUCAGGAGGAUAGAUCCUUGGUUAAAGAAAGCAUCCCAGAUAAUGCUUCAGUGAAAGAUAGUGGAAUUUCUGAUGCUCCUAAGUUACUUGAACCAGUUUUGAGUGAAGUAGAUGGUGAAAAGCAUCCUUUAGAUGAAGAAGGUGAUAUUGAGGGUUCUGGUACAGAUGGAGAGACUGAAGGUGAGAUAUUUGGUAGCUCUGAAGCUGCUAGAGAAUUCUUGCAGGAAUUGGAGAGAGCCUCAGGAGCUGGUUCCCAUUCUGGUGCAGAGAGUUCGAUUGAUCAUUCACAGAGAAUAGAUGGCCAGAUUGUCACAGAUUCGGAUGAAGCAGAUACGGAUGAUGAAGGUGAUGGAAAGGAGUUAUUUGAUUCUGCUGCUUUGGCAGCACUUCUGAAAGCAGCUAGGGAUGCUGGCUCAGAUGGUGGCCCUAUCACUGUGACAACUCAGGAUGGCUCCCGGCUUUUUUCCAUUGAACGUCCUGCUGGUCUUGGAUCCUCACUUAUAUCUGGAAAAAAUGCUUCCCGCCCAAGCCGUCCUCUCACUUUUGCCUCAUCGAAUUCUAGAGUGGGGGAUGAUGCUGAAAAUAAAUUGAGCGAAGAGGAGAAAACUAAACUACAGAAGUUACAGCAGAUAAGGGUGAAAUUUUUAAGGCUUGUUCAGAGACUAGGUGUCUCUCCAGAUGAUUCAUUGGUAGCACAGGUUCUAUAUCGUUUUGGGCUUGUAGCUGGUAGGUCUACUGGUCAGCUAUUUAGCUUCGACAAUGCAAAAAAUACAGCUAUUCAGCUUGAAGCGGAAGGAAAAGAAGAUUUAGACUUCUCAUUGAACAUACUUGUUCUUGGGAAAUCAGGUGUGGGAAAGAGUGCAACUAUAAAUUCAAUUUUUGGGGAAGAUAAAACUCCAAUCCAUGCAUUUGGGCCUGGUACAACUACAGUGAAAGAAAUUAUUGGGACAGUAGAAGGUGUUAAGAUCAGGGUUUUUGAUUCACCUGGUCUUAGGUCCUCUUCAUCUGAACGUAGAAUCAACAACAGAAUUUUAUCCUCAAUUAAGAAUGUAAUGAAGAAGUACCCUCCUGAUAUUGUUCUUUAUGUGGACCGGCUGGAUAACCAAACCAGAGAUCUUAAUGAUCUGCUGUUGUUAAGAUCAGUAUCCAGCUCCCUUGGUUCUUCCAUCUGGAAAAAUGCCAUCAUCACACUCACUCAUGCUGCCUCUGCUCCACCUGAUGGUCCAUCUGGUUCCCCUUUGGGUUAUGAGGUCUUUGUUGCUCAACGUUCUCAUGUUCUUCAGCAAACUGUUGCUCAAGCUGUUGGUGAUCUGCGCAUCCUAAAUCCAACUUUAAUGAACCCGGUUUCUCUUGUUGAAAAUCAUCCCUCUUGUAGAAAGAACAGAGAUGGCCAGAAGGUGCUUCCUAAUGGUCAAAGUUGGAGGCCCCAGCUUUUACUUUUAUGCUUCUCUAUUAAAAUCCUGGCUGAAGUAGGAAGUCUUUCAAAAGCUCCAGAGACAUUUGACCACAGGAAGAUUUUUGGUCUCCGUGGCCGUUCACCUCCUCUUCCAUAUUUAUUGUCCGGUUUGUUGCAGUCCCGCACACACCCAAAGCUGGCAUCAGAUCAAAAUGGUGAUAAUGGUGAUUCUGAUAUUGAUUUGGCCGACUUGUCCGAUUCAGAUCAAGAAGAGGAGGAAGAUGACUAUGACCAGCUCCCUCCGUUCAAGCCCCUCAGAAAAUCUCAGAUUUCUAAGCUUAGCAAAGAGCAAAAAAAGGCGUACUUUGAGGAGUAUGAUUAUCGGGUGAAGCUGCUCCAGAAAAAGCAGUGGAAAGAGGAAUUAAAAAGAAUGAGAGAUAUCAAGAAGAAGGGUCAACCUCCUGUGAAUGAUUAUGGGUACAUGGGGGAGGAUGACCAAGAAAAUGGUAGUCCAGCGGCUGUACAGGUUCCUCUACCUGACAUGGCCCUUCCUCCUUCAUUUGAUGGUGAUAAUCCAGCUUACAGAUUUCGGUUCUUGGAGCCAACUUCUCAGUUCCUGGCGAGGCCGGUCUUGGACACCCAUGGUUGGGACCAUGACUGUGGAUAUGAUGGUGUGAAUCUUGAACACAGUAUGGCCAUUAUUAAUCGGUUUCCUGCUGCUGUUGCCGUUCAAAUUACAAAGGACAAAAAAGAAUUCAAUAUCCACUUGGAUUCCUCAGUUUCUGCCAAGCAUGGAGAAAAUGGUUCUACUAUGGCAGGUUUUGACAUUCAAAAUAUUGGUAGGCAGCUUGCCUACAUCCUUAGAGGAGAGACGAAAUUCAAAAAUUUCAGAAAGAACAAGACAGCUGCUGGGGUAUCAGUGACAUUCUUGGGAGAGAAUGUGUGCCCAGGACUUAAACUCGAGGAUCAGAUUACACUAGGGAAGCGAGUUGUAGUGGUUGGUAGCACUGGCACUGUUCGAUCUCAGAAUGAUACUGCAUUUGGUGCCAAUCUGGAAAUACGGCUAAGGGAGGCAGACUUCCCAAUUGGACAAGAUCAAUCAUCACUUGGUUUAUCUCUUGUAAAAUGGAGAGGAGACACAGCUUUGGGGGCGAACUUUCAGUCACAGUUUUCAGUUGGACGAAGUUACAAAAUGGCGGUGCGUGCAGGAAUCAACAACAAACUAAGUGGGCAGAUCUCUGUCAGAACAAGCAGUUCUGACCAACUUCAGAUUGCUCUUAUUGCUCUCCUUCCAGUUGCCAGGGCUAUUUACAACAGCCUACGUCCUGGAGUUGCUGAAAAUUAUUCAACCUAUUAGGAAUGGUAGAACAAUAGAGGGGGUUUUCAAAGAGAUCUUAUUCCUUCAUCCAACUCAUGAGUUUUUAGGUUUUCUACAAUGAGGCCUCGUAUUCUGAAUGACAUUUUUGUCCUUGAUUUACUUUCAUUAAUCUAUCCUCCUUUCUCUCAAUUUUAAUUCUAUAUCUAAUGAUGAUUAGCAUGAAAUUAGUGUAUUAAUUAAAUUAGCUAAUAAAGAACUGUAAUGAUGUCAAUUCAUUUCUAUAUUUACUUC